AUGCCUGCCGCCAGUUCCAAGGCGAAUUACAAAACCUACGAGGCCCAGGCCCGUAUGGUACGCGCCAUCGUGGCGGCUCACCCCGAGGUUAAGUGGAACUACAAAGAAAUUGCUGCUUGCUAUGGAUCCGACAUGACUGAGCACGCUCUGAAUCAUCGAUUCCGCCGUCUCAGAGCACAGUCGGUCAUCAUUCGUGAAGGGCGCAACCAGGGAUUCGACCCCAAGAAUAUCUGCCCGGACGGAGAUCUUCCUGUCACUCAGGAAGCCGUGGAGAAGAAGAAUAUCGCCAAAUACUUUGGCCAGUCUACCCCCGACGGUAUUCAAUUCCAGUUCCGUGGAUUCAAAAAGGACGCCGACACCCUCCGAAAGGUCGAAAGUGAGGGCGGCGAUGUCGCCAACUGCCUCAACCUUGGCUCUGGCGGCGGCAGUCUCGUUUCCACGCCAUCCAAGCCCGCCGCCGCUCGCGGAACUGGAAGCCGAACCGGCACCGGCACUGGACGCAAGCGCACUCGCAAGCAGCCAGACGUUAUCAAGCGAGCUUCGUCAGAUGAGGACGAGGACGACAUUGCCGACAUUGACAACUGGAGCGAGCACGAGGACACGCCUACCAAGAAGCCCAAGGCCAAAGGAGCCUUCCCGGGCCAGAGAAACGGGACUCCAGGUCGCAGAGCUGCAGCCAAGGCCUCCGCUACGAUCGCUGAAGCUUCUGCGCUGCUCGAUGCUAGCGAUUCCCAGCCCGAGACUGAUGUCCCAGUUGGCCACUUUGCCUCUGUCUUCUCCCCUGUCGGCAUGCCUGUUCAGCCUGUCCAGGGCCCGUUCAGCGGCAGGCCGAUCAUUGGCAUGAACACUGGACCUCCUGCAGUCAGCUACCCGCCUUCGGCUCAUUAUGGCGCGCAGUCGUUUCAGAUUGGUGACGCCGAUGACCUGCUAGGCGACGGUGAGAUUUAG